AUGCCUAUCCAAGUCACGCGUAUGACCGAGGCCGACAUCGACGGCGCAAUCGACACAAUACAACAAGCCUUCGCCCAAGACCCAUACAACCUCUGGAUCUACCCCGACCGCUCCAAGAUCGAUCUAACUCGAAACCGCGUCUCCCUCUCCCUCCGCUGCCACUGGGGCAUCCGCCAUGGCCUCUUCUACGUCGCGCGCGACACCGCCAACCCCGCCAAAAUCCUCGGCUGCGCAAUGUGGAUGCCCCCACACCCACCCUCUGAGCCGGACUCCUGGUCGCUCUACCUGUCCUACUGGUCCCUGUGGUUCUCGCAGAUACGCAUGAAUCUGUGGUACGGCCGCGGCGGGCUGUCCACCACGCGCUACUGGAUAUGGAAGGCGCGCCAAGCGGAGGCGCAGAAAGCGCUGUGGACAAGCGAGAAGGGGUACUAUUUUUGCAAUAUCGUUACGGUGUUGCCGGAGGCGCAGGGGAAGGGUGUGGGCAGGGCGUUGAUGGAGGAGGUGUUGGAGAUGGCGGAUCGGGAGGGUGUAGAGGCGUAUUUGGAGAGUUCGAGGAAAGAGCCGAAUGUCGCGAUUUAUGAGAAGUUUGGGUUUGAGUUGGUCAAGGAUAUGGAGUGCUAUAGAUGGGGAUUGGGGGAGAAUGAUGCCGAUUAUGCUAGUAUUGUAUGGUGA